UCUCUCAUAUCUCCUGCUUAUUCUCUAGGUGUUGGCAGCAAAUUUUCUCUCUCACAUCAUCUAUUUCCCUCCUUUGGAAGUUUCCUGUGUUGACUAAGACUCUAAUAUUGGCUUUUCAAUUCCAUGGCCUCCCCACCCCCUGGAGGCAACUCCCCUGACACAGGGGACAGCAAUUCUGAAAUUGCGUCUUCUCUGAGCAGCUCUGUGGGCUAUUCCCCCUGUAAAGACACCAUUUCCCUUGAGGAAUCAAUUCUUCUUGAAGACACAACUUCCAUCAUGAGUUCUUCUGACAACUUCAUCCCUCCUAUCCAAGGCACGUGGGUGACUGAAGGUGUAAACAGACGUAUAAUUCAACAAAAUCUAAUUCAGGACAAUCCACAGCAGAUCUGCAAACUAAGUAUCACUGUGGCCUGGGUGGAUAAUGAUGACUUUGAAGAGUUAACAGCUUAUGAAAAUCUAAAUGGAGGCAAGAGGUUGCUGGACAGAUGCCCCAAAGACCAGACACAACUUACUGAAGACAAACUGGAAGCUCCAGUGAAACUGUUAGAAACAUGUCAGGAUGUUCACAAGGAUGAUGAAGAAAUUAGAAAAGAUGACAAUGAAAAUAAAAAGUAUAACAGAGAAAAUAAUAAAGAAAAUCAGAGAAAUAUCAAAGAUGAUGACUUUGAUUGGAUCAAAUUUAGUCCAGUAGAAGACCUCAAACUGUGCAACAGCUGCCCUCCUUAUACGGCUCAGGUCACUCGUCGAAAACAUAUGGGUCAAGACUUACCAAUGAGCAAAUCACAAGAAAAUAAAGAUGUUGUCCAGUUAGAGAUUCUCCAAAUGCUUAAGGAACAAGAGCUUGCCGAGAUGGAAGGUGAGGUAACUGGCAAGCAAGACAUAGACAUUGUAGAUAUCGCCUCAACUUUCUCAGAAUGGCCAGAAGAGGAGGUCAUGCGUUCUGACCCACAGACCACCACCUGUCUGAAAGUGGGGCAGGCCUUCAACUGGCUGAAGAAGAGAAUUCUUUCGGCUCUACGAAGAAGAUGGGACUCUGGGGAGGCCACCAAGAGCCACCAACAGCAGACACCAAAGAGAAGACGACCUCUUAGAAGCAGGAAGAUCCAACCAGAAGAACUCCUCAAAAAAUGAAGACGGCCCUAUAUCCUGAGAUUUUAAAAAUAUUUGUUAGCCACUCUUUAACACUCCCCAUAGGCUUAUUGUUUCUUAAUAAGACAAAUGUUGUUGUUUUAAAAAAAUUACUUUGA